AUGUUGGCGAGGAUUACGAAGAUGUUGGACGUAUUGACGACGCGUGUUGAGCUGCUUAGACUUUGGUCAGAAGUUAUUGCGUUGGAUGUGGUUGAGGACAGAGAGAUGGCGCGGGAUUUGCUUGAUCGGAUGCAGAUCAUGGCGGUUCAAGAGAGGGUUGAGCUACCACAGAGCUGGCUGAAGAAGCUGUCGCUAACGAGAGCCUCACCUCUACUGUCCAGUCCAUUUGGUCCGGGCGGAAGUCUCACCGGUCGACCGUAUAGGACUACAUCUCCCAGCGACAGGGUACAUGAGUCGCCGUCGCCGUCGCCAGUAUCAGAUUUUACAGGGCCGUCAACACCUCCUGCGACCCCUCCGCGUCUAACCGCAAAGACAUUCCUUCCACCUCCGUCAACCACUGCCCUGGAGUACCCCAUUGGCCUCGCAUCCGCGAUCUCCUCCGUUCCCCUCCCUCACGGCCUCCACCUCGCUCCUUCCACCCCUCCCUCAAAGUUCCUCAGAGGUUCACCACUUACAUCUACACCAACCAACCGUUCUUCACCUUCCACCCAUUCAUCACAAGGCACGAAAUACACCCUCAUCUCCUCCUCAACAAGCACAACAAUCUUCUGCAGCCUCCUCAAACACCGCAUGAUGGUCCGCGUAGGCGGUGGAUGGGCAGAUCUGGAGACUUGGCUCGAGGAAUGGUGUUCACAGCACAAAAAUGAGACGGUACAUUUAACUCCGAUGAGCGAUGACAACCAACGUCCAGGAAGUUCGAGGUCGACAGAUGGAGGGAGACCGAUGCCCAUGAGGUUCGGGUCAGCUGAGAGUGUUGGUAGUAUAGAAACGGCGAAGGUUACGUGGACACCGGAUCAGAGGAGGAGGACGCCUACAUUGAGCUUGAGGCCGGGAUCUUCUCCGUCGACUGGGUCGUCGGGGUCUCCGGUGGUGUCGGGAAUGCCGGGAAGUCCAUUGUCGCCGUACACCAUUGGUAGGAAGUCAAAGGCGAAGAAGGUCUGGGUGCGAAGCACGGGAAGUGAAGGAUCCACCUAG